CAUGGAAUAUAUGUGUGGGAAUAUGUAUAGUAUCUAAUAUAAUUACAUAUAUAUAUAUUUUUUUCUUUUUUUUGUAGAGGGAAAGGUCUCACUAUGUAGUUCAGACUGGUCUAUCAACUCACUACAUAGCCUGGGCUGGCCUUAGACUCAGGGCGAGCCUCCUGGCUCAGCCUCCUGUCUACUGGGGUUACAGGCCUGCACCACCACGCCGGCAACUAUAAUUAUAUUAGGGAUGAUUUAUUUGGACUGGACAUUACAUGACGCAAAAAUUACAGAAUUCAGUGGUUCUUCCACAGAGGUGCUCUGGGUAGGAACGGUGAUGAGUCUCAUUUCUUACGGGUGGAAACUGAGUCGCAGAGGCAGGGGAACCCUGGUGUGUGGCUCCUGCUGGGGGGGACGGCGGGAGGAGGGACAAGAGGCUCACAGGCGGGGAAGGAGCCUGGAGUGGGUGUGCCCUGGGCCUGGCCCAGCACCUCCGGGCCACACCUGCGGGGGUCGAGGUCGUGCCGGGUGACCCCGAGGAGUAGCGUUGCUAAAUGGGGAGGUGCAAAGCUCCCCGGAUCACCAGUGCGCCUGGGGAGGGGAGGCUGCGUGUCCUGCGCCGCGGGCACAGGCGGCUGCUGCAGCCUGACCUUUGGGAGCUGGGAACAGCCCGAGUGCCGGGCGGGGCACAGCGCUCCGCGCCUCAGUUUCCCUCAUUCUUCUCACCCGGGGCUGGGUGGGCAACGCCUCAAAGUCUUAAAGAAUAAAUGAGGAGGAGGAGAGGAGAGCCGAGCCUGAGGCAGUAAACAGCCCUCAGCGCACGGUUCCUGUUACUGGUGUUUGAACAGCUGCCGCGCUGUGGGAAAAUUCCAGCGACGCGAAGGGGAUGGGCACCGGUGGGAGCCGCGCGUGGGUACGGACUGCGGCCUCCCCCGAGCCGCAGUCCGGGCCGAAGCGGGGACGGGCCGUGGCCGAUUCCCACACCGCCCCGCGUUGCUCGGCUGUGGGCGGCCAGUGCUGUCCUUCCCGUGACUCGCGCUCCUUAGGGGAGAGAGCCGCCCAGGGGGCCGGGCGGGAGAAGCGCCCCGCGCGGCUUGCUUUCCUCUUGCCGGAGCAGUUUCAGGCUGCUGUUUGCUGUGUAACAGCCUGCACUGCCUCCCCACGCCACCACAGAAAGCACGCAGCGGUGGCCGGAAAGGGAGGAGACUAGAAAGCCAGUGGCCGGGCAAGUGCGCCUCUGCCCUGCAGCCCGGCCGGGGCCUCUCCACAGGGGGCCUUUUCCGCCGCCGGGACCUUCCAGAGCCUGGGAGCCGCGGGCCGAGGGAUUUUUAUUAAUAGCAGGCUGUAGUAGUAGUGGAAACUCGAGCUGGGCUGACAGGGUGUGAGUCACCGCCUGGCCCAGGCCCAGCACUGCCCGCUCCCGGAACCUCAGUCUCCUCAUCCAUACGCUGGGGGACCCUGAGCCCAGGACCCAAAACGGCGGGGCAGGGCACAGGGCAAUCUUUCCGCGGGGCGCCCAGCCUGGCCUAGGUUCUUGGGAUGGAGGAGAAGGACUUUUCUAGGAGUCCCUGGUUCUGGGCCACAGUGUCUCCCGGACCCUGGAGGAAGCCGGAAGGCCCUGAGCCCAGGACCCAGCCGGUGAGAGCUGUGAAUGGGGCUCCCCCCUUCUCCUGCCCUCGGGCGUGGCCCUUGGGGGUUCACAGCCUGCUUGUCCCCUCUGUCCUGGGACCAGCGCCCGGAGUCCAAGCUGGUCUAAGUUUGGAAGGGGAAGGAGGGUGAGGGCGGGUGUGGGGGACAGGAUGUCUCUGUCUCUAGCUGUCACACACACCUCUGCCCGGAGAAAGGGAGGGACAAAGGCUGUGUGCGAGUCAGAACAAAGAGAAGAGAAGAGAGACGCGGAGGCACUGGGCAGCCAGGGCGCCCGGAGAGCCAGGGCCAGAGGCCGGGGCCAGAGCCCAGGGACGCUGUGCUGCCCAACAGGGAGAGUGUGGGACAAACAAGACAAGACGGGGGCCAGAGACCCACUCGGAGACCCCAGGGAGGACACGGCCACUGCCCUGCUGCGCCUGGUGGAGCUGACAGCCGCACGGGUGACCCCGCUUUGCAGCCUGCGGGUCCAGUACCGCCUGCUCCGGAAGCUGGGUGCGGGCUCCUACGGCCGGGUGCUCCUGGCCCAGCCUCGCCAUGGGGGCCCAGCCGUGGCCCUCAAGCUCCUCCGCUGCGACUCAGUCCCGAGAGCCACCUUCCUAAGAGAGUUCUGCGUGGGCCACUGCGUGUCCUCACACCCUGGCCUGCUGCGCACACUGGGGCUCCCCCUGCAGACACCCAGACACUUUGCCUUUGCCCAGGAGUUUGCACCCUGGGGGGACCUCAGCGGGAUGCUCCAGGAGAAGGGCCUGCCGGAGUCCAUGCUGAAGCGGGUGGCCGCCCAGCUGGCUGGGGCCCUGGACUUCCUGCACGGCCGCGGGCUGGUGCACGCCGAUGUCAAGCCGGACAACGUGCUGGUCUUUGAUCCAGCCUGCAGCCGUGUGGCCCUGGGCGACCUGGGUCUGACCCGGCCCGAGGGCAGCCCGGCCCCUGCACCACCAGCCCCACUGCCCACCGCGCCACCCGAGCUCUGCCUGCUGCUGCCGCCCGCCACGCUGCCCCUGCGGCCAGCUGUGGACGCCUGGGGCCUGGGCGUGCUGCUCUUCUGCGCUGCCACUGCCUGCUUCCCCUGGGACGUGGCGCUGGCCCCCGACCCUGAGUUCGAGGCCUUCGCCAGCUGGAUGACCGCCAGGCCGCAGCCCCCUCAGCCACCUGCGCCCUGGGACCAGUUUGCACCCCCGGCUCUGGCCCUGCUGCAGGGGCUUCUGGACCUGGACCCUGACACCAGGAGCCCCCCGCUGGCCAUCCUGAGCGUGCUGGGAGAAGACUGGGGCUUGGAGGCCAACGGAGAGGGUCCUGGGGGCUCCCUGAGCACUGACAGGGAGGAGGGGGACACAGGAGGGUCGAGCUUGGAGGAGGAGACGGACGAGGACGGGGAUGAAGGCAGAGGGGGCGGGAACACGGGGACAGACGGUGGAGCCGCCCGGCCAGGUGACUGAGACAGGUGGCCAAGGCCUGGGCCA